CUCCCCUCUCUCUCGCCCCUCAAUCGCAGAGCUGCGCUCACCGACUCGACACCGCCAACAGGGAUGCAGCGAGGGCGCAGCGCAGCCUGAAAAAUGGCACCACCACGCGUCCUGUGGAUCUAUCCAUCCCUUUUCUUCCCGUCCUCCCUGCUUUUCCUUUUUCACGCGUUGUCGCCGUGCCGAGCCUUACGGAAUUACCCGGAGAAUGAAGUUACGUUGCUGGACUCCAUGUCAGCCUUGGCCGACCUGGGCUGGGAGGCUUACCCUAAUGAGGGGUGGGAGGAGAUCAGCGUGAUGGAUGAGAGGAACACGCCAAUGAGGACCUACCAGGUGUGUAACGUCAUGGAGGCCAACCAAAACAACUGGCUGAGGACGCGUCACAUCAGCCGAGAAGGAGCGCAGCGCAUCCACAUUGAGAUCAAAUUCACCCUGAGGGACUGCAACAGCCUGCCCGGGGUCCCCGGUACCUGCAAGGAGACAUUCAACAUGUACUACUAUGAGUCCAACAAUGCCAACCUGUGGUUCAUCAAGGAAAGCCAGUAUGUCAAGAUCGAUACUAUUGCUGCAGAUGAGAGUUUUACACAGGUGGACGUUGGGGACCGCGUGAUGAAGCUGAACACGGAGGUGCGCGACAUCAGCAACCUGAGUAAAAAGGGCUUCUACCUGGCCUUCCAGGACCUUGGCGCCUGCAUCGCUCUGGUCUCAGUCAGGGUCUUCUACAAGAAGUGUCCCCUCACUGUGCUUAACUUGGCCCAGUUCCCCGACACAAUAACGGGCGGAGACACGGCACUGGUGGAGGUCCACGGUGUGUGUGUGAAUGCCUCUGAGGAGUUUGAGGCUCCGAAGAUGUACUGCAGUGCAGACGGAGGCUGGCUGGUUCCCAUCGGGAGAUGUGUGUGCAAACCGGGCUUCGAGGAGAACAAGGACGUCUGCCAACCGUGCAGACAUGGUACCUACAAAGCUUCAGCCACAGAUGCCUACUGCACCAAAUGUCCUCCUCACAGCUCGUCCCCGCAGGAACAAGCAGUGGAGUGCGUUUGCGAGAGAGGUUUCUACCGCGCUGAGACCGACCCACGCUCCAUGGCCUGCACACGUCCUCCAUCUGCUCCAGAGAACACCAUCUCCACAGUGAACGAGACCUGCGUCACCUUGGAGUGGUCGCCCCCCAGAGACACAGGAGGCCGAGGAGACAUCACCUACAGCCUCCACUGCAGAAAGUGCUCCGGGGACGGCCGGAAGUGUACACCGUGUGGUAGCAGCGUCCAUUUUGUUCCCAGACAGUUUGGUCUCUCAUCAGCCACCGUACUGGUUACCGACCUGCAGCCGGACUCCAACUACAGCUUCACUGUCGAGAGCCAGAAUGGAGUGUCGGACUUAAGUCCCACGCCCAGAGGAACGGUAGUCAUCAAUGUCACUACAUCACAGACAGUGAGCGUAGUGUUGAAGGAGAGGCGGAGUAAGGACAGUGUGACGUUGGCCUGGCAGGGUCCAGUGAGACCCAACGGAGCCAUCGUGGAGUAUGAGGUCAUCUACUAUGAGAAGAACCAGCGGGAGCAGAACUACACAGUCUUGAAGACUCGCUCCAACAUGAUGACAGUGGACGGGCUGAAGCCAGGGACCACCUAUGUGUUCAGGGUUAGGGCUCGAACCGAUGGGGGCUACGGGAGCUACGGGGGAGAGAUCGAAUUGGAAACCAGCCACGAAGAUGUCUUUGCUAUCGGGGACCCUAACCAGUCCACCAUUCUGGCUGUGUCCAUCGCUGGGGGAAUCGUUCUCCUCAUCUUCCUGGUGACUUGCUUUGUUGUCAGCGGAAGGCACUGUGGAUAUAUCAAAGCCAAGCAGGACCCCGAUGAGGAGAAGAUGCAGUUCCAACACGGCCGAGUCAAGCUGCCAGGCAGCAGGACUUACAUCCAUCCUCACACUUACGAAGACCCCAACCAGGCUGUCAGGGACUUUGCCAAAGAGAUCGAUGCUUCCAAUAUUCGCAUAGAGAGAGUCAUUGGAGCUGGAGAGUUUGGGGAGGUGUGCAGUGGUCGGUUGCGUGUUCAGGGAAAGAGGGAGAUCUACGUGGCCAUCAAGAGUCUGAAGGCGGGAUACUCUGACAAACAGAGGAGGGACUUCCUGUCUGAAGCCUCCAUCAUGGGACAGUUUGACCACCCGAACAUCAUCAGGCUGGAGGGGGUCGUCACAAGAUGUAAACCAGUGAUGAUCAUAACCGAGUUCAUGGAAAACGGAUCCCUGGACACUUUUCUCAAGAAACACGACGGUCAGUUCACGGUGAUCCAGCUGGUCGGCAUGCUGCGUGGCAUCGCCUCAGGUAUGAAGUACCUGUCAGACAUGAGCUACGUUCACCGAGACCUGGCAGCUCGAAACAUCCUGGUCAACAGCAACCUGGUGUGUAAGGUGUCUGACUUUGGCCUGAGUCGAGUUCUGGAGGACGACCCAGAGGCGGCUUACACCACAAGGGGAGGAAAGAUCCCCAUCAGAUGGACGGCUCCAGAGGCCAUAGCUUACAGGAAGUUCACCUCAGCCAGCGAUGUGUGGAGUUACGGCAUCGUCAUGUGGGAGGUGAUUUCAUACGGAGAGAGACCCUACUGGGAGAUGUCCAACCAGGAUGUGAUCAAAGCAAUAGAUGAGGGCUACCGUCUUCCCGCUCCUAUGGACUGUCCUGUGGUGUUGCACCAGCUCAUGUUGGACUGCUGGGAGAAGGGACGCAGCGACAGGCCAAAGUUUGGACAGAUUGUCACAAUCCUGGACAAGCUCAUCAGAAACCCAGCCAGCCUCAGAGAGCUCGCCAACAGCUCAGCAUGCAGGGAGGACCUGUCCCCCCCAGAGCUCAGUGUGAGCACAGUGGAUGAGUGGUUGGAGGCCAUCAAGAUGGGCCAGUAUAAGGAGAACUUUUCCAGUGCUGGAUAUGUCAGCUUGGACUCAAUCCUCUACAUCAGUGUCAGUGAAUUGUCCAAGAUGGGUGUGAAUCUUGCCGGCCACCAGAAGAAGAUUUUGUCCAGCGUGCAGAGCCUGCAGACCCAGGGGACGCACGUCCAAGUAUAACAGUUUCCACAUAAACGCACAGUGAGACAGAGCCAAAAUGGAUGCUCCUGUGAAGAGUUUCCCCACUGAAACGGGAGUUGUAAUGGAAACUCUGUGCUCGGGCCUCCAUUGAUCUUGAGACACACUGAGACGGAGACAACAUGGACGCUUGACUCCUUCACCUUCUCGCAGUUUCACCAUUCUUCCCAUCCUCGAUGGGCACUACCGGCUUUAGCACUCAAGAGUCCCGGCGACACAGCCACCAUUGUGGAGCAACAGAGAGACACGCGUCCAACAACAAGGCCACAUCUAGAGCAUCCCAGACCAUUUCACAUCAUAUCAGCUCAACAAAAGAAGAAAAACAUAUUCUUAACAAAGGAAAUGACAAAAAAAA